AUGAGGAACACCGCUUCCAUCUUCUACCUGUUGCUCCUCAUCUGUGCCGCUACACUGCACGCAGAUGCAUCCCAAGAGGCUCAACUGAGAGAGUUCAUCAGGUCUAGGAGGAAUAGUCGUAGCGAUAAGGGCACGUUUAAGGUGAGUAACAUUGAUCAGAGGAUUGCCAGCAGCCUGCAGAGAACAAGCUACUCCGGCGGCGCGGAGCAGAGCGCCCUGAAGGCGGCUGACAAGAUCACGUCGCUGCCGGGGCAACCAGACGGCGUCGACUUCGACCAGUACGGCGGGUACAUCACCGUCGACGAGAAGAACGGCCGCGCGCUCUUCUACUACUUCGUGGAGGCGCCGCAGGAUGCCUCGACAAAGCCGCUGCUCCUGUGGCUUAAUGGAGGGCCAGGAUGCUCCUCGCUUGGCUACGGAGCAAUGCAAGAACUGGGCCCAUUCCGUGUAAACAGCGACAACAAAACGCUGAGCAGGAACAACUAUGCUUGGAAUAAAGUGGCUAAUGUGAUCUUCUUGGAAUCGCCGGCGGGCGUUGGAUUUUCUUACUCCAACACCUCUUCGGACUAUGACCUCAGUGGAGAUCAGCGGACAGCUGAUGACGCCUACUUGUUUCUGAUUAAUUGGUUGGAGCGUUUCCCUGAGUACAAAAGCCGCCCAUUCUACAUCUCCGGGGAGAGCUUCGCCGGACACUACGUGCCCGAGCUUGCUGCCACCAUUCUAGUCCAGAAUUCGUACAACAGCAAGACAGCCAUAAACCUACGGGGCAUCUUGGUUGGAAAUCCACUUUUGGACUGGAAUAUGAACUCCAAGGGUCGAGUUGACUACUUCUGGAGCCACGGAUCAAUGUCAGACGAGGUCUUUGCCAACAUAACUAGGCACUGUCAUUUUGACAACUUAGACAGCGUGGUGUGUGAUGGCGCUACAGAUGCUUUCGACGCUGGACAAAUUGACCCUUACAACAUAUAUGCUCCAAUCUGUGUUGAUGCGGCCAACGGAGCAUACUCCCCCAGUGGCUAUUUACCUGGGUAUGAUCCCUGCAGCGAUUAUUACACCUACGCCUACCUCAAUGACCCAGCAGUGCAGAAUGCUUUUCACGCUAGAAUGACAAAGUGGUCAGGAUGCGCAAACUUGGAAUGGAAAGAUGCACCAAUUUCCAUGGUGCCAACGAUCUCGUGGCUAAUUGAGAAGAAGCUGCCUGUCUGGAUUUUUAGUGGUGAUUUUGACUCCGUAUGCCCACUCUCCGCUACGAGGUAUUCCAUCCAUGACCUUAACCUGCACGUCACAACUCCAUGGCGCCCGUGGACAGUAAACAUGGAGGUAGGAGGAUAUGUUCAACAGUACAAAGGAGGAUUCACAUUUGCUUCCGUUAGAGGAGCUGGUCACAUGGUUCCGUCCUCCCAACCUGAGAGAGGAUUAACAUUGCUAGACUCCUUUCUCAAAGGGAUGCUCCCACCCUACGUUCCGGAACAUGCAGGACCAACAGCAGAAACAACAAAAAUGAAAGUCAUCGAAGCAUCGAUUCUCUCCUCCAAAGUUUGCCAGAACAGGACAAUGACAACAAGAGCCGGCUCAAACUCACUCGGAAACUGUACCCAGAAGAUACUGCUUGUCUUGGAGUCGCGCGUUCAGAGCUCGUGUGCCUAUAUAAACCUUUGCCAAUGUGUGAAACAUGUCAAAGAUAAUCUUUUCUGUUUUCUCAUUAAGAUGGGGUUCGAUGCGUGCCAGACUCACCUUAUCUUCUUGCUUCUGGUCUCUGUGGCUGUGUUGCACGCUCAUGCGUCACAGCAAGCUCAACUCGAGAAAUUCAUCUUGUCCAGAAGAGCUAGAACUAGCAGCAGUGAGGCUAGUCUACAUGGGUCGUCUGGUGUCGGUGUCAGGAGCAGCCUCCUGGCAGGGUACUCAGGCUCCGACCAGAGUGCUCUGAAGGCGGCCGAUAAGAUCCCGGCGCUGCCAGGCCAGCCAGAGGGCGUCGACUUCGACCAGUAUGGCGGGUACGUGACCGUCGACGAGAAGAACGGCCGCGCGCUCUUCUACUACUUCGUGGAAGCGCCGCAGGAUGCGUCGUCGAAGCCACUCCUCCUUUGGCUUAAUGGAGGGCCUGGAUGUUCGUCCCUUGGGUAUGGAGCGAUGCUAGAACUGGGCCCGUUCCGGGUGAACAACGACAACAAAACGCUCAGCAGGAACAAGCAUGCCUGGAACGAAGUGGCUAAUGUGAUCUUCUUGGAGUCGCCCGCUGGCGUUGGAUUCUCCUACUCAAACACAUCCUCUGACUAUGAUGAGAGCGGGGACUCAAAAACAGCAGAGGACGCCUACAUCUUUCUCGUCAAUUGGCUCGAGAGAUUCCCCGAGUACAAGACCCGUGCCUUCUACAUCUCCGGUGAGAGCUACGCCGGCCACUAUGUUCCGCAGCUGGCCGCUACCAUCCUAAGCCACAACAUCUACCACAAUAGAACAAUAGUAAACCUUCAUGGCAUUCUGGUUGGCAACCCAUAUCUAGAUCGUUACAAGAACCAGAAGGGGCGCUUCGAGUACCUACGGAGCCAUGGGUUGUUUUCUGAUGAGGUUUGGGCGAAUGUCACCAGUCACUGCAAUUUCAACUCUUCAGAUGCUGAAGCAUGCUUACGAACAACUGACUGGUUUUACUACGGCCCCGUCGAUCCCUACAACAUAUACGCUCCCAUCUGCAUCGACGAACCUGAUGGGUCGUACCAUUCCAGCAGCUACCUACCAGGGUACAAUGCAUGUGACUAUUAUCCUACAGUGACAUACCUCAAUGAUCCUGUGGUGCAAGAGGCUUUUCAUGCUAGGAAGACUGAAUGGGGAGGCUGCGUAGAUCUAGGUUGGAAAGAUGCACCAGAUUCUAUGGUCCCAACUCUCAAAUGGCUAAUCAAGCAUGGGCUGCCCAUAUGGUUGUUUAGUGGAGAUUUCGAUGCCAUAUGCCCACUCACGGCCACAAGGUACACGAUCCAAGAUCUGAACCUCUCGGUCACAAAGCCAUGGCGACCAUGGACAGCAAACAUGGAGGUGGGAGGCUAUGUUCAACAAUACACAGGAGGUUUCACAUUUGUUUCAGUGAGGGCGGCCGGGCAUAUGGUUCCAUCUUUCCAACCAGAGAGAGGACUCCUACUGCUUCACUAUUUCCUCAAAGGGGUGCUCCCACCUUUUACACAAGAAUAGUGAUUUAUAACACAGAAGCAACUUUGUACGAAAAUACAAAGGCAGGUUGCUCAUCAGUCAGCAACAAAGCUGGAUAACGUGAGGAUGGCGUGAUGGCAGCUAGGCUGUCACUAGUCAAGUCAGUUGUGUUAGUUAUACAAAUUUUAUGAUUACACAGUACACCCGUUGCUCAAAGUUAGCAAGGCGGAUACAUCGAUAUUGUCCUAAGUCGGUGUCGUGCAUUGCCACAUAAUAUUGAGAUAAUUUAAUAUAUAACCUUUAUAAUGAGUUA